UCCAGCAUAUCCCAUCCUCGAUCGCGUACCAUUCAUCAUCAUUGCAUCAUGGUGAAGCUCUUGGACGGCAAGGCGUGCAGCAAGGAGAUUGAGGCCGAGCUCAAGGAGCUGGUCCCGACGCUCAGCGUGACACCCACUCUGGCGUUGCUGCUCAUCGGCACCAACCAGGAUUCCAAGACGUAUGUUCGGCUCAAAAAGAACGCCUGCACGCGCGUAGGUAUCAUGCCGCAGGUGCAUGAGCUUGCCGAGUCCAUCGAAUUCGCGGAGCUGCUGGCUCUGAUCCAGUCACUCAACACCGAUAUCAAUGUCCACGGCAUCUUAUUGCAAUUGCCGCUGCCUGACCACUUGAAGCCUCACGAGGAGGAGCUACUGGAGACAAUUAGUCCAUUUAAGGACGUCGACGGACUGCACUCGCACCAUUUUGCGCGGCUAGCAGAGCCUAAGAAGAAAGAGGACGGAUCAGUUAAGACGCUGCAGCUGCAGCCUUGCACGCCUGCGGGUUGUCUAGAGAUCCUAUCUCGUAACGGCAUCGAGCUGGCGGGCAAGGACGUGGUCGUCAUCGGCCGCGGACAGCUCGUCGGUCUGCCUCUGUCGCUUAUGCUGCUUGCUGCUAAUGCAACGGUGACUACUUGCCACUCGAAGACCAAAAACUUGGCAGACAAGGUCCGGCAGGCAGAGGUUGUUUUCGUUGGAACUGGCCAACCGGAACUAGUGAAGGGCGACUGGCUGGCUGAAGGAGCCGUGGUCGUGGAUGUUGGUAUCAACUACGUGGACGACGCUACCAGUAAGAAGGGAUACAAGAUUCUGGGCGACGUGGACUUUGCUGCUGCUAGUGAGCGCGUCUCUGCUAUCACUCCCGUGCCUGGUGGUAUUGGCCCCAUGACGAUCGCCAUGCUGCUCAAGAACACGGUGGAGUGUGCCACGUUUGCUGCAUCGAACAACUAAAGCCAAGACUCCACUCCAAUGCUUACACACAAGAACGAGUAGAACAUGACGAUUAAUUACAUUCUUUGCACUCAGAAACUUCAGGAUCUGCUUCCGACCUGAAGAAAUCAAUUUGUGUAGUGGCAUCCAGCUCUUGAAUUUAUAAUGUAUCAAGCUCAUUCGCCGUUCAUGUAACUUGAUCGAGAGGAUUGCGCGAAACUGCC